GGGCCGCUGCCCCCAGAGCAGGAGGGGAGGCCGCCACGGCCCGGCCGAGCAGGGAGGGGCGCGCUUGGGCCCCGCAGGGGGGCUGUCGCACUGAUCCGAGGCACAAGCGUGUGCCCAGCAGGGAGGGACGUGUCCAGAGCCUGGAGGGGAGCCCCGAGUGCGCUGCCAAGCAGGGACCCCGUGUUCGGGCGUGGGGCGGGAGACCCCUAGCGCGAUGCUGAGCAAGGGUCCGGACUCCCAGCUUCAUAGACGUUAGGGUCGGAAGGGACCUCCCUAGAUCAUCGAGUCCGACCCGCUAGGAUGCGAGACUCCGACUGCUGUCAAGCAGGGAGGGCCGCGGCCGGCCCGGAUGGGAGGCCGCCCCGGGGCCCCCCGUCGCACGCCGCAGCGGGAAGCCCGGUGUCCUGGCUCAACCCCCCUCCCGGCCACGCGAGGCCCGCUCCGCCCGCGCUGCCGCACCCCAGGGCCGGGCGCCUCGCGGGGCGCGUCCCGCACGGGCCGGGGGCGGGGGAAGGAAGUUCGCGGGCCCCGCCCCCAAUGAGGGUUCCCGGCCCGACGCUUCCCCCGGGGCAGCCCCACACGGGCCGGGGGGCUGCGGGCCGGGGGUGGGGGGCACCGGCGGGGUGCGGGCCGGGAGGGAGUGAGGGGCGGGCUGUUACCGGAGGGGGAGGCUCCUCGCGUGCGGCUCUGGCUGCAAUUACCAUUCCUGGGAGCGGGCCCGGCCCCGCCCGACGCGCCACGGGCAGGUGAAUCACGCGAGCUCCGCUCCCCAGAAGCAGCUGCAUCUCGGCGGCGGGGGAGACCCCAGGCGCCCGGGGUCCGAGCGCCCCUGCGCACCCCCCUCCCCUCCCCUCCCCUCCGCUCUCCUCCCCCCCCCCCCCCGAGAUCCCAGGUGCCCCCCCCCGCCGCUCUCACCCCAGCCCCCCACCCAGGCGUCCGUCCCCCCCGCCCCCCCCAAACCGGUCGGGCAGGUCGGAGCCGCGCAACGGGCCACACCGUUAUUUCCACAGCCCGGCGCCGCCUCCCGCCCGGGCCAACCGGCUCCCCGCGCCCUGCCCCGGCCUCAAAAGCCCGCGCCCCGCGGAGCCGGCCGGGAGCCCGCGCGCCCGGCAGAGACGGAGCAAACGCACCGGAGCGCAGGCAGCGGACCCGACCGGCUUCCCGCGGGAUCCCAGAGAGCCACCGGAUCCCCUCCCUGCUCUGCCUGACAAGGGGGCGAAACGGACCCGACCCCGCCAAGGCGCAGCCAGCCGAACUGGAUCCCCCUUACCCAUCAAGCCUGGAGCAAAAGGGGGCAAAACCCACCCGAUCUCCGCUGCUGUCAGAUCCCAGCUCUGGGACCCACUGGAAGGGACCAGAUCCCAGCUUGGCGACCCAGGGAAGGGACAGUGAGCAGGACGCCCCCCCACCCCAUUUGGACAACCGAGGGGGAAGGAACUGACUGGAUCCCCGGGCACAGACCGGAUCCCGAGCCAGGCUCCAGGCUGGAGCUGGAGUGAAACGAGUCGCGCUCACCUGCUGCCUUCCAGCAGCCCGGGAUCCAGAUCCCCCCAUCCCCAAAGGGCUGUGGACUGGUCUGCGAGGGACUGAAUCCCCACCACCAGCCUGAGGGAAAAGGAUCAAAAGCAACCAGAUCCCAGCUCUGAAACAGCAAAUCUGACCCCCUAACCAGAUCAACCCCAACUCAAUCCCAGGCCAGAAACCCAGCAAAUGUAACCAGAUCCCCCCACCUGGGAGGAAAAGGGGGUGACAGAGACCAGAUCCCAGGCCGGAAGCACAGAGGCACUGACCGGAUCCCCCUAGCCUGGUCCAAAAGGGGAUCCCCCUCCCACCAGAUCAGACAUGCCUCGGGCCUUUCUGGUGAAGAAAUCCUGCAUCUCCACCGGGAAGAGGAACUGGAGUGAGCUCCCGGAUGAGGAAAGGGGGGAGAUCUACGUGCCCAUCUCACUGGGGGGCUAUGCCCUGCAUAGGGACCCGGAGCCCUCGGUGGCUGAAGCUCCCUCGUCCCCCCUGGACAUGACACUACGGGACGGUGGCUUCGGGGUCCCUCAGCUGCCCGGAGAGAUGGGGCCACCCCCCCCGCAGCCCCCCAUCUUCCUGCGCCCCAAGAUGAAGGUGAUGGGCGACCCCAGCCCGGUGCUCUCGUGCCCCGUCUGCCAGAAGAGCUUUGGGCACCAGCGGAUGCUGACGCGCCAUCUCAAGUGCCACAGCGAGGUGAAGCGGCACCGGUGCCCGUACUGCGCCAAGGGCUUCAACGACACCUUCGACCUCAAGCGCCACGUCCGCACCCACACCGGCGUGCGGCCCUACAAGUGCAGCCUGUGCGAGAAGGCCUUCACGCAGCGCUGCUCGCUGGAGUCGCACCUCAAGAAGAUCCACGGGGUGCAGCAGCGCUACGCCUACAAGGAGCGCCGGGCCAAGCUGUACGUGUGCGAGGACUGCGGCGCCACGGCCGACAGCCACGAGGCCCACGUGCUGCACCUGCGCCAGCGCCACCCCGACAGCCCCCUGCUGCACAAGGCCACCCGCAAGAACCCAGCCCUCGGCCCCGGGCCUGCCCCCGGCCUGCCCCACGGCGCCCAGGGCCCCUGAGACGGACGCUGGGCCCUGUGGCUGGAGGAGACACGGCGUCCCCUGCUGGCCAGGCUACAUUGUGCCCCCCAGCCCCUUAUGGGGGGUGGGGUCCCAGGAGCUGGCGCCCCCAAAUGGACCAUCCAGAUGGCGCCCCCUGCUGGACGGCACAGACAGCGCCCCCUGCUGGCUGUAUGGGAGAUGGUGCCCCCUGCUGGCUAGAGGAGACACGGUGCCCCCUGCUGGCCAGGGUAGAUGGCGCCCCUCACCCCACACCCCUGCCACUAUAUGGGGGGGGUACCAGGAGCUGGUGCUCCCAAUGGACUGUUCAGAUGGCACCCCCUGCUGGAUGCCACAGGUGCUGCCCCCUGCUGGCUGUAUGGGAGACGGUGCCCCCUGCUGCUUGCCUGGGGGUCCAGGAGCUGGUACCCUCCGAUGGACCCCCCCCCAUGGUAUCCUCUGCUAGCUAGAGGGCGCCCCCUGCUGGCAGUCUGGGGUCCAGGCGCUGGCGCCCCCUGCUGGGGUUCCCAUGGUGCCCCCUGCUGGCAAUCUGGGAGACGGCACCCCUUGCUGGGCUGCACAGACCCUGCCCCCCCUGCUGGCAGUCUGGCUGGGGCAGGAGCUGGUGCCCCCUGGUUGGCACCUCAGGUGUUACCCCGCCCCUGAGGACCUGCCCCCACAACUCAGGAAAAUGGGGAGGGGGGGGCCCUGUCCGCCCCUCCACACUUCUCAGGGCAAUAACACUGGGUGGGGGAGGCUUAGGGGGGUCCUUACCCCCCCCCCCCACCCAGCCCUGCUGGCACCGGUGAGACAGUGCUGGGGAGAGAAGGCCACGUCCUGCUGGGCACCGGGUGCCUGUGGGGGAGGCCCAGCAUGGAGGGGGACCAGGACCCCCCUCCCCCCACCCUCGACCUUGUUUACACUGAGCCUGAAAGGUUGUCAGGGUCCUUGUUAAUUAACUAAUUCAUUAAUUUUAUUAUACUGAAUUAUUAUUAGUAUUAUUAUUGCUAUUGUUCGAGGCCAGUGAGGCCAUUAAAACCAGAGAGUGGAAA